AUUUUCACAUUCCCGCCAUCAUCGGCUGCUCGUGGUACGCGAGCGCAGAUAACAUCAUAGCCGGCAAAACUCACACACUGGCAGUGCGCCACAUUGAGCGGAUACUUUCAUCCUCCAGGGCUUUCUUCGAGGAAUUACCCUCCCUCAGAUCACUGGCCGCAUCUGUUCGCCUUCAGUUGUGCCCCGAGCCGGAGUUUUGAGCGCCUCUCGCACUCAUGGCCGUUGCAGUGCUCAAGCUGACCAGCGGUGGCGCUGUCCGCAUCCGCAUCAGAUGUGGGGAGCUGGGGACCACCAAAUGGAAAGAGGGGGUCUUUGAAAUCCACGAGAGAGACAACAAAAUAAGCCUGCUAGUUAAGUUCAACAGUGGCGGAGCUCCGAGAAUGUUUCAGCUGAAUCACAACGUUAAGCAACUUUCAUGCUAUCCAACGCAUGGCCCAAACCGUGUGACUUUGACUCUCAAAGACUCAAGCGUUGUCAUGAUGGACAAACUGCCCUUGUUGGUUGCUAAAAAAAUGAAGGAAUAUAUUGAAAUGGUGAGGCUUGGAAAACCAGCAGUUUUAAAGACAAACCAGGGAAGUGCUAGUUUCGGAUUAGUUCUUGGGAAUCGUGCAGCACAGAACGACUCUGGCCUUUCUCCAUCAGAAAAACAGAGCACUCCAAGACGUCCAAGUCUCGACAGCAGAGAGGACAGCACACCCCGAAAGCCUCUUGGGAGUCCCAGCCGGAUGACGUCCACACCUGGCCGCAAUGGGCUCUCUGAGAACAGGAGUGAGAAGAGGAAGAGGCUGAUGAGCUCUGAUGGUGAUAUGACCGAGGACUACCCCAAAGAGAAUGACUCUUCUAGCAACAAUAAGGCCAUCACAGAUGCAUCCAGAAAGUUUCUGCUCAGCUGCAAAGACAAACUCAAGCAGUCAGAGGAGAACAGAGCAACCGCUCCACACACGCCUGCCCCUCUCCAGCCAACAUCCUUUUAUGGGAGCAGAACAGUAACUAAAGAUUACUCUCAGACCCAUUCCCUUUUGGACAGCAGUACAGGCCAAUGUCCCUCUGCUAAAAGAAGCCUAAUGUUACCCAAUCACUCAACUCCCUUUAAAAAGGUGCGCCCAACUUUGGACUAUGGUGGCUGGAACAAACCAAGACCAUCCACAUUGGCUCAGCCGCCACCUCCACUACAAGGAUUCUCCAAUCUUGGGAACACCUGUUACAUGAACGCCAUACUCCAGUCACUUUUCAGCCUGCCCUCAUUUUCAAAUGACCUGUUAAAGCAGGGCAUACCAUGGAAGAGGGUCCCCGUCAAUGCCCUUCUGAGGCGUUUUGCUCAUCUGCUGGCUAAGAAAGACAUCUCCCCUCCAGAAGUGAAGAAAGAUCUUUUGCGGCGAGUAAAGAACGCUAUUUCCUCAACAGCUGAGCGUUUCUCUGGUUACAUGCAGAAUGUAAGACAUCAGCACACCAUAACAUGUAAAAGCUGUGGAGAGGUGGUGACGAAGCGUGAGCAGUUCAAUGACCUGUCCAUCGACCUGCUGCGCAGGAAAAAAACUCUCUUUCUGAGAUCCAUACAGGAUUCUUUAGACCUCUUUUUCAGGAUGGAGGAGAUUGAGUAUUCCUGUGAAAAAUGCAGUGGAAAAGCAGCGACCGUCUCUCACAAAUUUAGCAGGCUUCCCAGGGUGCUGAUUCUUCAUCUCAAACGCUACAGCUACAAUAGUCAGCUGUCUUUAAACAGCAAGCUGGGCCAACAAGUCCUGAUCCCCAAAUAUCUCACGCUGCUCUCACACUGCACUGACGCCACACGCCCCCCUCUCAGCCUCGGCUGGAACGCACAGACGGCAAUCUCCAGGACGCUGAAGAUGUCACAGUCAGUCAACUUUUCAACACUACGGAAAGGUUCUCAAAAGCCAGAGAGCUCCGGCAGUAUGCUGUGUGAUUCUGAUAGUGAGGAGGAGCUCGUUAGAAAAGUUGGUCGCAAACAUCAUUCAGAAGAUGACAGGACGGAAGAGGUGCAGCACAAUGCACAGGUCGAGCACUCAGAGUUUAACACCAUCAAUGAUGAUGAGAUGCUAGCAGCUGUGCUGGAGAUGAGUCGCCACGACACUAGCCCUGAUGACGAGCCAACCAGCAGCCCAGACACAGGGUUUGGAGAUGCUGACGGGCAGGACCUGACUCAUCAGUUGGACCUUCUGGAUGGAGAGAAACAGCCUGCAGAUGCUCUGGAGUCUCUAGAUCUGACCAUGGAUGAGAAUAAGGAGAACCAGACGCCUGAAGGUGUGCAGGGAGAGCUGGACUGGGUACAGCAGUACAGUUUAGACCAGGAGCGAGAGGAACAGGAGCUGCAGCAGGCCCUCGCACAGAGCCUACAGGAACAUGAGGCGAGAGAGAUGAGGGAAGAUGAUGAUCUGAAGAGAGCCACUGAGCUCAGUCUGCAAGAGUUUAAUAACUCUUUGCCGGAGCUGCUGUGCUCUGAUGACGACUCUGGAAAUGAAGAUGGUCUGGAUAUGGAGUACAGUGAGGCUGAAGCUGAAGAGCUCAAGAAGAAUGCUGAGACUGGAGAGCUUCCGAACUCUUUCAGACUCAUCAGUGUGGUCAGUCACAUCGGCAGCAGCUCAUCAUCAGGGCAUUACAUUAGUGAUGUGUAUGACAUGAAGAAACAGUCCUGGCUCACAUACAAUGAUCUGGACGUCUCCCGCACACAGGAGUGCACUGUUCAGAGAGAUCGUGACAGGAGCGGAUACAUCUUUUUUUACAUGCACAAAGAUGUGUUUGAGGAGCUGUCUGAGCUGGAGAAGGCAGGAGGGAACGGUGAAGCCGGUCGCACAGUGCUGCAGCCGCUAUAAACACUCUGGUACGCUUCUAACAUCCCAUCCGGUGGAUCCUUCUGCUGACGAACAGCUGAACUGAGCCAGGGGUAAACGUUCAGUACUACUGAAGACCAAUCCACACACACAUGCACCUACUUUGGGCACUUUUCCUUUUCUAUUUCUCUUUCACGUUUCCCAUUGCUCCCUGUGAAAUACUGUUGCCAUAUUAAAUGUAGACUUGCAGUUAGAUGGGUAAAUGUUCUAGAAACUCAUAGAUACUAAAUGUUUAUGGGGAAAAGCAAAGAAAAUAAAUAAAUGUAUAAAUAUAGAAAGCAUUUUGAGUUUCUCAGAAGGUGUAACUUCAACCUCAAGGAAGUUGCUCUUUUGGUUUUUUUUUCUUUCUUUUGUUUAAAUAUUUUGUUGAAAAGACCCUCUGGUAAACUUUUGCAUUAAGAAAUAUUGAGAGCUUGUUCUCUAUCAUUUUUUUUUUUCCCUUUCCCCUCUGCAAAUUUUAAAUUUCUGAUCUAUUGCAUAUAAAAAUUUAUUCUUGUAUAUGUUUGGGUGGAAUAUGGGGUGUCUGUCUUGUUUGAUAUGCAGCUGAAAAUGUGGUGCAAUAUUUGCUUUGCCAGUUGGCUUUUAUAUGACCUAUAGUGAUGAAGAGAGACUUGGAAUAGUACUGAUUUAUAUUCAAGGCUUUACUGAUGACUGUUUGUUGUUUUAUUCUUAUUUUAUAAACGUUAAUCUAACAAGCUCCGUGGUAUGGCUGUAGCUUGUCUUUUUUUAAAGAUCU